AUGGCCGCAAGGGAUCUUCCCUCUCCUCGUGCGCCUCUGCCGCAUGUAAUCAAUAGCCUUGACGGCGUAUUACUAACCACAUCUUCUUCCGUUUUAAUUUUUUGCGUCUACGGACCACUACUCUCGACGGCCUACGGGCCACUCACUCCCAACGGCUUGUCACUAACCACAUUUGACGGCUUAGUACUAACCACAUCUUCUUCCAUUCCUUUGGGUCUACGGACCACUUCUCUCGACGGCUUAUCAUUAACUGCGUCUUCUUGGUCUAUGGACUACUUAGCCACUUUCAAUAAAUCUAAAUAUCGGUAUACACAGCUAGACAAAUCUCCCGACGAACGAUGGGCGGAGAGGGUGUGGGUGCUCAUCCAGACACGAAGGGAGCCGGAGCUAGUGAUGCCUUUCCAAGUGAGAAGAGAGGCAGAAUGGAAUGAGGGUGAAGGGAACAUCCCAAAAGUCCUUAAUGUCGACGGAUUGGUGACAUGGAUCAGGGGAACCUGCGAGGAAGCCGAUGGCGGCCCAGGUCAUGCUCGGGGCCAGAGAGUAAUUUGGUUUGGGGCCGAGGUAUGCAUUGCAAUGGUGUGGUGUGAACAGCAGUAUGAAGAGUGAGGGUUAGGCAGAUCGCUCAACGGUGGUUCAUAUAGCGCGCGGGGUCGCGGAAGCAACAAGCGAUACAUCAAUUGACGAUGCAAGUUGGGGUGUGGAGGCGAUUCCACCUAAGUACUUUGGUGGGAUACCAUAAAAGAUCAGCGCUUGUUUUCUGUCGCGCGAGGGCAGAAGGGCGGGCCAGAGGGAGAUAGAUAGC